AUGAUUUCUAUCACUGAAGAAAAUUCCGAAAUUGCUGCUUCUACAAGAUCAUAUCUCCCAAGUUUUAUGGAAAGAAGCUCGCGUAUACAACCAUCAUUACGUCCACCUAUACUUGACGCUACCUCAAAUGACAAAGCAGAAAGAUAUUCAAUACAAAAUCCACCACAAGAAAAACUACCGCCUCCUAAUUCUGUUAUAUUGAUUCAGGGUCUUGGUGGUGCCAAGGCGUGGGAAUGGGAACCUGUAGAAGAUUUAUUAGCCCAGCAAGAUGUCUCGAUAGAAAAAGAAACAAAUAUUGUGACAUUUCAUAAAAGAAAAAUUGCCACAGUACAAACAAAUUAUCCCUUUUUUAUUCCUCAAGCUGAAGGAGAUAAAUUAUAUGAAGCGCCUUUUGAAACUCCAACAACUAUGCCCCAUAGACAAGGACAAAUGUUGCACUAUUUCGAGAUUACAGUUUUAGAAAAUCCCGAAGGUCAAAAUACAUUACCGGGGUGGAAUAUUCAUUCAGUUAGUUAUCAAUCUGCUGAUGGUUUAAAAUAUAAUGAUUCUAUUAAAGGUGAAAAAUUUAGUGAACCAUGGGGUGAAGGAGAUACUAUCGGAUGCGGAUAUAAUCCAGAUAUAGGUCAAGUAUUUUUCACGAAAAAUGGUACAUUCCGUAUUGCUUUUACAGGAAUAAAUCAUAUAUGGUAUCCAACUAUUGGAUCGACAGGUCCAUGUACUUUAAAAGCAAAUUUUGGUGACGAUUUUGAUAACGAAUAUUUAUAUGAUAGUGCAAAAGGUUACGGGCCAGGAGGUCCUUUAUUGAGAUCUUCUAUCAGACGUUCAAGGCCAGUUCGUCGUUCUACAUCAGAUAGUAAUAAGUAA